CUUUUUCUCUUUAACAAAACAUACCAUAUAGUAAAAUGAACGAAACUGAAGGAUCCAGUAUAUCGAAAUCAGUAUCAGAGUUUUCCACGUCAAAUAAUAAUAUAUCAGUACACUCUACAAAGAAUAAACGCCUCGAAAAACUGGAUACUCUGUAUACCAAAUAUGUAGAUCAUAUUUUGGAACCUUUUAGCGAUGAAGUCUUAUCAAAAUAUUUUAUUGAAUUAGAAUUGAAAGAAGCUGAUGUUGCCAAUGCUUCUAAACAAACUACAGAAUACAUUCGAAAACGAUUGACUGAUGCCUAUACUACCCUUAAAGAAGAAGAAAGCAUAGAUAGUAAAUUGAAAGCUAUGGACGUACUUAUCGAAAAUUCUAAUACUCAAGACGACUCUUCGAUACUUGCAAACGGUGCCUCGACGACAAUGGUACCACGUUCUACUCAAGUUGUACGCGCUCACAUGUACAAAUUGAAACGAGAGGAACUUCAACGUUUAUGGGAUUUGCGUGACAAGUUACGUGUUGAAAAUCAGACCAAGAUGGAUGCGAUCACCGAGAAAAAGAACAUAUUAUUAAGUCAGCGGAUACAUGACACGAGCAUACCUCUGUUAACAUCAUCAUCAUCAGAAAUAGUAUCAAAAAUUGGUUCUGAUGAAUCUCGAAUGGAUCGAUUUUUUUCUUGAAAUUCUGUAUUCCAAUAAUAAUAAUAAUAAAAAGAUUAUCAUUCAAACCCUUU